AUGUCGCUCACCACAACCAAUUUAGACGGAAUUCUCCCUCUCUUGGCUAGAGGAAAGGUCAGAGAUAUCUAUGAGGUUGACGACAAAACCCUUCUAUUUGUUGCUACCGACAGAAUCUCAGCUUACGAUGUCAUCAUGGCCAACGGUAUUCCUGCCAAAGGAAAGAUCCUCACCAAGUUGUCUGAGUUCUGGUUUGACUUCUUGAGUGAGGUUCCUAACCACUUGCUCUUAGCUCCAGGCAGCGAAGAUCUUUUUAAGCACUUGCCUGCGCAAUUGUCUGAGCCAAAGUACAGAGAACAGUUGGAAGGUAGAGCCUUGCUUGUCAAGAAGAUGAAGUUGAUCCCAUUGGAGGUUAUUGUCAGAGGCUACAUCACUGGCUCUGCUUGGAAGGAAUACAAGAAGUCCAAAACUGUUCAUGGUUUACCUAUCGAUGCUGAUUUGCAAGAAUCUCAAGAGUUCCCUACUGCAAUCUUCACACCAUCCACCAAGGCCGAACAAGGUGAACACGACGAGAACAUUUCGCCUGAGCAGGCUGCUGAGAUUGUAGGAAAGGAGUUGUGCGAUAAGGUCGCAGCCAUUGCAAUUGAGUUGUACACCAAGGCUAAAGAGUUUGCUAAGACCAGAGGCAUCAUCAUCGCAGACACCAAGUUCGAAUUUGGAUUGGAUGAGAACGACAACGUGGUGUUGGUUGAUGAGGUUUUGACACCAGACUCGUCGAGAUUCUGGAAUGCUUCCACGUACGAGUUGGGUAAGUCGCAGGAUUCUUACGAUAAGCAAUUCUUGAGAGACUGGUUGACUGCCAACAAGUUAAACGGUGUGGACGGUGUCAAAAUGGCCGAUGACAUUGCAAUCAGGUCUAAGGAGAAAUACGUGGAGGCCUACGAGGCCUUGACAGGCUCCAAGUGGACCGAGUGA